GGGUUUUAUUCUGAAAUGCCAGAAAUAGUAAGUGUUCUUGGACAUUUGCCGAGGAGAUGCUACCUUAACAUCAGCGCAGCCAUUUUCCUGGCCUUGGAAGGAAGGCUCCACACGUCGAAGCUACUGUUGACAGCAAUGUCGAGACCGCGGUCGCGAUCUCCACGUUCCAGGAGGUUACUUUGGGAGAAACUUGGCUUUGACCCCCACAGAGCUGGGGUUGCACAGGACAGGAGCCACCGCUUCAGACAACCUCCUGAAGAGCAGUUCUUUAAGGACCCCUUCAGGGAAGACCGUUUUCGAGAGGGCCAGAGAAGAUCCCCUUAUUUUACAGAAGAACGUCCAUUUAGGAAUCCUAAUCCUUCAAAGGAGGAAGAGUUUCAUCACCGGCGGGAUGUGGUGGGCCAUGAUGACCGAAGGUGUUCUCCAGUGGGUGGCACAGGAGGAGAACGGCACAGAGGAGGCUUCAGAGAACAACUUCAGAGUUUUAAAACCAGGGGGCGGCGCCCCUUCUCAGCUAUGAGGCUGGAUAGGGAAAGAUCACCAUCAACCACACAGUCUCAUUCAGACUACCAACAAAGAAGGAUGGAGAUGGGAUGGAGGAGAGAAGAGCAGGAAACAGGUGGAGGGAGGUUCAGAGACAUCAUUCCUGGUGCCGCGUUGGAUGACAGAAGAGGGGCAACAGGUAGGGAAAGACAAGGAAGUUGGAAAGCACAAGGUCCUAACGGAGACAGACGAUGGGAAGGAUCACAUCAGAAAGAAUCCCUCUCUGAGAGAAACCCUCCUCCUAAAAGACAAAGAAGAGAUGUGAAUGGCACCAAUCAUCUUGGGUACAGGAAUGAGGAAAACUUUGGGGAGAGGCGUUACUCGUUGGACACACCCAGAGAUGGGUUUGUAGGAGAGCGUCAGAGAAGCCAUCCUCACAUUGACAUUAGGAAGAAGGAGCCCCUUGUCAUUGAUCAUGACCAUGGCAUCACCAAUAGCAGAGUGCUGCCACGAUGGGCGCAAUAUGAAGAACGCAGGGACUGUGACCCUAACGUAGAUCUUCAGCGAAAUCCCAGAAUAAUGGGCACUUCACAGGAACUUCUCAAAUCAUCAAACCACAGGUUGGAUGGUCAGGAAGAAAAAAGAAGAUUCCAUAGUCAAGAUAAUUUCAAGGAUGCCAACUAUCUCAAAACCAGGAGGAGCCCUGUGCAUCAAGAAAGACAAAACCCUGAGAGACAUGAUAAUCGAGAUGGUCCCACAAACCAGAAGAGGAGGACUGGUCCCCAACCAGCAGGAGAGAAGCUGAAUUAUGGACACGAUGGAAGGACUGGACGGGCCAGGAGUCAACCCCGUUUUCAGCAGGGACGCCAAGCUCCUCCUCAUGAAGAGCAAACAUCAGGAUACCGAUCCUUGAGGGAGGAUCCGGGGCCGGGGCAAGGCCGUCACUGGGAAGAAGACCAAAGACAUCAACACUGGGAACAUGAUGGGUCUGAAAGUGUGGACCGACACCAACAGAGAAGUGAUUUGGAACCUAAACUGCCUCAUCAAAGGCAGCGUGGAUGGAACGACCAGAAAAUGGAUACGAUGACCGUCGUAACGGAGGAAACUCUGACUGUCAAAGUGGACAUGAGCCAACCGGUAAAACAAAACAGCUCACUGUGCUACUCCUCAGACAGGCAGCUCUCUCUAGACUUGGUCAAUGUUGGCCGUCAGCGCCUGGACUUCCUGCCCAUUCUGGAGCACUCUGGGACCUACAGGGAGGCCGCCGCCCACACAGAACAGUAUUUCAAAGGCGACAGCAUCACUCUGACAGAGCGAUUCUCAGCUCCACAACAAGACUGCCUCCCUGAAGAAGAGACUGAGGAGUUGACGUUGAACAAGAGGUUCAGCACUAACCCAGGCUUCAGUUUAAAUACAAGCUCUCUGCUUGAUGUCGACAUUCCUCUGUUCUCCAGACUUGGACCCGUACAGGAUUUGAAUCAUCUGCCGGUGCGAGACCCAGGAGAUUUGAGACACAACCUGGAGAAAAGGAGGCAGGAGAGACUCGAAGGUGUUAAAGUCACAAUACAGGGGAGCAACAUGUCACUGAGGGGACUGGACCCAGCCAGUGAGCUGGAGUUCGACGACGAGGAGGAUUUGGUGCCGAUAGAGGAUGAAGAAGUUUCCAUCUUGCUCCAGGAGCAAAACAGGAGACAAGAAAUCAACAUGGCUCAGAGGAGAGCUGCUCCACACUUCCAGAGCAGAAACAACCGUGGCAGGAACCAGAGAGGAAAAAUGAGACUGAGGAACAACAACUUCCCAGGUCCUCACUGGUGAUCGGACAGCGGAAAGGUAUAAGUUACAGACUCUGAUCGUUCCUGACAGAUUACAGAGAAAUGUUUUCUGGGUCCAAACUGUUGAUUAACAGUGUUGACAGUGAACUUGAUUUUUUGAUUUUCUACUUUUUCUUUCCUCAUGUUUUUUUAAAACUGUAGGAUGAUUGACAUAAAUAAUAAAUAUAACUAUUGAUUCGUCAUGAACAGCGUCUCUGUAGUGAAGCACACACUAUUUAUGGUUAAACUGCUUAUUGAUGAUUAGUUACUUGUGUGGUUUUGUUUGCUUUAUGGAGUUGCACCAUUAAACCGGUUGAAACUAAAA